CCCGAUCCCGGCGCCGCCCGCCCCCAUCUCCUUCCUCACUCCCGGUGCCGACCCCGCCCCCACCUUCUUCCUCACUCCAUAGCCCGCGCCCGCGUUCUUCCUCCCCCAUCUCGUCUCAUCUCCGGUCGCUGCAGAGGAGCCCAGUUUCGCGCCGCCACCAUGGUUGGUCUGCAGCGAGCAGCAGAGGACCUAGCCGCCGCGUCCGACCUCAACCGCCGCCCGAAACCCUAGCCCCUCCUUCCAACGGCAGGUCAAGCCAGCAGGAUCCCCUCCAAGAACAGCAUUUGAUGUGCCCGACUCAUCUCUGCUUGUGCACAACAAGGAAGGCCAUGGUGACGCUGCUCCCUAUGUUCAGCGCGUGGACGGACGAUGCAGCGUUGGGGAUGACUCAUGGUUGCCUCCGUUUGUGCAGAUUGGGUACUCUGGAGCACAUGGGAGGAGGAGAAGGAUGGGAGGUGUGUAGAAUUCGGCGCCAAGGGAGACGAUCGAGAUGGUGGAGCAGAAUCCAGAGGACGACGGGAGACCAGAUGCUCUUGUUUAGUGGGACGCUAUGCAGUUUUUUGGUGAAUGGUGCCGCUGCUGCAGCUCAUUGGUUCUAGCCCGGCAUUCAGCUCUGAAUGGACGUGUGUCAGGGACAGGAUGAUCACCAUCCAGGUUUUGACACGGUAUUUUCUCUUUCUAAUCUACUAUAGAGAUUAUUAGCAGCCGCAUGUGGAAAGGUUUGGCAAUUCAAAGUACUUCAAGAAACUGUUAUCAUUGAAGCCUGCUUGGAAAUUAUAUAGAAGUGUAAUUUGUAGUGGAGUUAUCAGUUCUCCGUUGAUAAAUGUACAAUGUGAAGGCAAAUAAUCUUUUUGUAUGUUUAUGUUACAUUACAGCUAUCAAAACGCAUGCAGAUGUUGCAUCUCUCUCUCUCUCUCUCACACACACACACACGUGCGUGCGCGUGCACACACAAACACAUACGCACGCGAUCAGGCAAUGGAGGGCCCUGGCUCCGAUUGCAAUAUUUCAUAUUUGUUUUGCUUUUAUAAG